AUGGCGCGGCGUCGCGACGGCGAAAGAAGGCGCGCGAAAACUGCGGCACGCACAAGUGUAGUGAUGGCUAGAAGUGCGAGUCUGAACGCGUGGGCACGAUACUCGGAGGCUCGCCGCGUGUUCGCGCGUCACUAUGACUACAUUCCCGGCUGCCAGCACUUUCUCCCGCUGAAUCACGUUCUGUUUUCGUACUGUAUGCUGUGUGCUCGUCCCGUUUUCACUGUAGGAGACUGUUUUGGCUAUUCUACAAUUAGACGCGUGCCACGCGCUCCUGUGACGAAACCCGGAGAAGAUUGGCAGUUACGCAGGUUGAACAAUUCAUCGGUUAGACUAAAAAUACAGAUCUUGUAA